AUGGCUCCAUCAGCAAUUUCACAAACACCUCCUAAGGAUGUACAACAAUCCGAUGAACUCUUAGCUGCUGCUGUUACCAAGAAGAUUGCAACUACUGAAUUUGGUACCCUUCCUCAUCUAGAUGCAUCUUUACUCAAGGUCACCAAAACUGUUACACCGAUGACUGUUCCUUCAGCAGGAGAUCCAAUCAUUAAUACCGGCUCCAAAUGUACCGACCAUAUGAUCACAGCCGUUUGGAAUAAUAUGACUGGAUGGGGUGUACCAGAAUUGAAGCCAUAUGGAAAUCUUUCUCUUGCUCCUACAGCUUCUGUUUUACAUUACGCAACUGAAUGUUUCGAGGGCAUGAAAAUGUACCGUGGAUUCGAUGGAAAGCUCAGAUUGUUCCGCCCAGAUUGCAACUGUCAGCGUAUGCUUACUUCCGCUACCCGUAUCUCCUUGCCAGGAUUCGAUCCCAAGGAGUUGGAGAAGCUUAUCAUUGCUUUGGUUUCUGUGGAUGGACCCAAAUGGCUCCCAGAACGUGGUUCUUUCCUCUACUUGCGACCUACCAUGAUUGGUAGCGCCGGAGCACUUGGCGUUGCUGCCCCCAAGGAAUGUACAAUGUUUGUCAUUUCCACCUUCAUGCCUGCCAUGGAUUCGCCCAAGGGUAUGAAGCUUCUUGCCAGUCAAGAAGGUGUCCGUGCCUGGCCCGGUGGAUUCGGCUUCGCAAAGGUGGGUGCCAAUUACGGACCUACCUUGAUGGCAAACUCGGAAGCUCGUGCCCGUGGUUAUGAUCAAGUUUUGUGGUUGCUCGAUGGAUUGGUCACCGAGGCUGGUGCUAGCAACUUCAUGGUUGUAUGGGAAACUAAGGAGGGCAAAAAACAGUUGAUUACUGCUCCUUUGAAGGAUAAGAUCAUCUUGGAUGGUGUCACCAGAAGAAGUGUUUUGCAACUCGUCCGAGAACGCAUGCCCGAACUCGAAAUCGUCGAGCGCACAUUUACCAUGGACGAGCUUGCCGAGACCGCCAAAGAGGGUCGCGUAAUCGAAGCUUUCGCUUGCGGAACUGCGUACUUCGUAGUACCUGUCUCCCAGAUCAACUACAGAGAAAAGGAUAUUUAUAUCCCCAUGUCCAAGGGUGACAGCGGAGAGUAUGCCGCCAUAAUCAAGCAAUGGUUGGUCGACAUCAUGUACGGAAACGUGGAGCACGAAUGGGGUGUUGUCAUCGAUGAAGUUGGUGCAUGA